AUGUGAUCGCGCUGGCUCGCACGUUCCUUUUAUCACGCGUUCAAAGAUUGAGAAAGAGUACUAAAACACGUGCUGGAGUAAAAAAUUGCCUUUUUUAACGUUUCUAAAUAAAAUGGGCAAGGAUAAAACUAGUAAGAAGGUAGGUCUAUCACUGUGUUAACCCGAUUUCUAUAUAGAAUGCGAAAAUAGCGUUUUGAUGGGAAAAAAUGGUCGGUGUUUAUGGUCGGACCUGAGACCUUGUGUACUUGAUCUUUUAUAAACAAUCUUCCUUUUUGUUCGAUACGUAAACUAGGGUAUUUAUUCGUCGAUUUCUGCUGAAUGUAAAACUUGGACAUAUUUGUAUUGACAAGGAUUCUCGAAGUGAAUAAAUGCUAAGAAAAUUUCAAAUUUAUAGGAAAAUGUUAGGCGCCCUUGAUCAUGGUCUGAUCUCCUGAUAGCUUUGGAAUACUAUGAGUUUGCCACCAGCUUUUCCACGUUGAGAAGUAGCGUGUAGGCAUUUGUUGAAGGUUUAUGCGUAUUCUAGUGUAUUAAAUAAUUGUCUAGUUUUUGACUGUUGAACUGUCUCCUGUUUUACAAUAUUUUAAUCGAAGUGACUAGAUGGGGGAAUCUGAGAAUCAGUAAACGGUAAAAAUUUUCGUAUUUUAACGGUAUAAACAAUAAGUAAGAUUGGGUCAUUCCAGAAAACAUCCAUACCACCCCCACAGAGGAAAUAGGAAGUUAACCCCCCUUCGGAUGUCCUAAUACAUUUAUUAUUAUCAGAAACAAUUUUUUCUCCCCUCCCCAGAAAUUUCCUCCGUGGGGGGAGUAUGGAUCUUUUCUGGAACGACCCAUUUUGGUAUUUUAACGGUAAAUCUUUGAAAAGUGUUCUGAAACGAUAAACAGUAUUUUUUACUCGUGCUUCGCGCUAAAUUUUUAGUGUUUUCAUGACUAACGGUAACCGAAAUUGAGUGAAUCACGACUCACCGUAUACCCCAUCAACACCCUCCUAUACAGCCAGCUAUUUAGUAAACUGCCAGCUCAGAGCUUGAAAUAACAGCUGGUCAAAGAUUGGCAAGAAAUUUAUUAUGAUCGGUGGAAAAGCAGGGUUUCCAACCUCAAAAAGCAAACUGCCGAUCACCAUGAUCAGGAACUUUUGGAACUUUUCUAGCCCUGCGGCUAUAUAGUGACUAUAGUUAUUAGUUAAAGUUGAAUUUUUAAGUUGAAAGAUAAACCAAUCCCAAAACUUCUCUAAAGCCUGGUUCACAUAUGCCUGCGGUAUGCCUGCGCUAUCAUUGUUUACAGCUGUUGAUUCAUACAUUCUUUUGUCAUUAAUAGCAGUUCAACCAAAUAGUUCACAGUAGCCCGCCGACAUACCACAGGUAUAUGUGAAGCAGGCUAAACCCUAUUGCCAAGACCCUAACCUUUUGAGAGUUACAAAAGGUAGAAGAAAAAUGUAAAAAAUUUAAAGAAAAAUAAUGCUAAGUCAGACAAAACACACUCUGUGCUAAGUCACACAAAACACACAUGCAGCGCCUUUACUGCAUACGCUAACGGCAACUACUAAAAAAAUAAAAGUUUUUAUAUUACUACAAAAUAAAUACGAAGUGACUGCCGGCUGUCUAGUGACUUUGAUUUUAAUUUGUAACAAUGCUCUCAUUGUUACAAAUUAAAAUCAGAGUCACUAGAUACAGGGUUCGAGAUUGGAAUUUUUUACUAGUACAUCCAUUAUGGAUACCGGCAUUUCAAACUUGGUAUCGAAAUUCAAAAAUCGAUAUCCAAAUAUAAGAAUAUGGUAGAAUCAUGAUAUCGAAUGUUGAAAACUUCGAAACACAUAUAUACACACAAGCCAUUAGGUAUUCUUUACUUUUAGUUCACUACAGGGUACAGAGAACAUUGAUAUAGUAGGUUACAAUGUACAAUAGAUAUGCAUUAUUUGUAAGUAUAUCCCUAACCUUAAGUCCUUAACCACAUAUAUAAACAUAUUAUUAUAAAUUUCCUCUGUUCUAGUGUUCUUCACCAAACAAUUUUGCUGUAAUAACUAAAAUAGCUUAAUAUGAAAUCCUCCAAAGUCUGAUUGUAAAUUUAUUGUCACUUUAAAUUUGGUAUUCGAACAUGUGCUUCGAGAUCAAAACAGAGAAGAAUGCGGAAGUGGAAAUGUAGCCUGACAAUGAAAACACCCGCCAAUUUCAGGUGAAUUUGCGGGUGUUUCAGGCUCUCAGUAAUAUAUAUUUUAGUGUUCACUGCUCAAAGUUUAUGAGCGUUUCAAACAUUAUCUGUAAAAUUAUGUAUAUAUUUAUGAUUCCAUUUGAUAAAGUUUAUAAGUAAUGUUCAACAAUUGAUAUUUGGGCAAGAAUUUCCUGGUAUCCAGUUACCAAGGUUUUAACAUCUGGUUUUAACAUAUCGUCAAGGAUACUAGGGUACCGCCAAUCUCGAACCCUUCUAGAUAGCCGGCAGUCACUUUGUAUUUAUUUUGCAGUAAUAUAAAAACUUUUAUUUGCAGUAGUUGCCGUUAGCGUAUACAGUAAAAGCACUGCGUGUGUGCUUUGUCUGACUUCGCACGGAGUGUGUUUUGUCUGACUUCGCUUUUUUUUUUUCUAUUUUUUUAUGGAAACUUAUUUGGAUGGGUCAGUAUAUACUUAUGGUAACCAGUAUCCAGAAGUUGGAUACUGAAUUCUCAGGGGACAGGGGGAAUACUAAAACUUUGGUUGAAGUUGGAAUGAAUGAAUUUUUAAAAUUUAAAAAAUUUUAAAAAUUCAUUUGCUCUAACCUGUAAAUAAUUUGUGGGAGUUUUUUUUUGUGUUGUAAUCUUGUAAAAGCUGUAAAAAGCGAACAACUUGCCAUUUUCUCAUUCGCAAAAUGUCGGAAAUUCAGUUUCAGCCGCCAUUUUGUUUUUCUCUACUAGCAGGAUAUGAGCUAAAUAUAUCCUGCUAGUAGAGAACCAAUCAGGUUGCAGAAUACCUCAUAUCCAGACCUUGUGUAUAUAAUAAAUAUUCAUAUUCUCCAUUUGUAACAUAGCAUGGAUAAUCUCAGUUUUCAUACCACCUACUUCAGUUUAGCAUCCUUUAGAAUCAUUUGUAUACACCUGUUGAAGGCUAAAGCCGGUUUUCCACUUCAACCUUAGACCGUGUCAACUACAGAUUUUCUUUACCAGCUUAUUUUUGUUGUAACACUAUAGCAAGAUGAUAGAACAGUUUAAACAGAAUGUGUAGAGCUAUCCAGUAUAAGUAAAGUUAUUUUGGCUCAAGCCUGAAAAUAAGCAGCCGGACACUGUCCGACACCAAAAGGGCAAAUGUCUGGCAAAAUGCUUUUCUCAGCUCUCAGCAGACAGUAUGUCUGGUACAGUAAUACUGCUAUAAUUAUAUUGUUGAAAAGCGAAAGAUACAUACUGUGAAUAUAUAAGCAAAGCUAGCUAUACAGUGCACACUGAAGUAUAAAUUAGUUUUUUGAAGAGCUGGUCAUGAAAAUUUUGCUUGAAAACUUUUGUGCUUGCUUCCAGGCCACAUCAGAUCUGCCAACUCUCCCGACAUAGGCUUGUUUUGGCUUGGUUUAAUAUUUACAAAAUAUAUUUAGAAGUGCAAAAGUGGUUCAGAAGGUGAUGUUGAGCUCAAGAAAAGAAAGAAUACCAUGGAUGAUGAUGUCAUUGUUGCAAAGAAACAGAAAAAAAUAGAGAAUGGUGCCGCAGUCGAAGGAAAGAAAAAAGAGAAAGUGAAAAAGGACAAGAAAAAGACAAAGAAGGAAAAGGUAGGUUAACUAUGUGACAUUGGAAUACAGAGUUCUAUGCUGAUGCAUAACUUUUCUUUAAUAACAAAGGGUGUGCAGGUGGGACACCCAAUAACACCCGAUUUCUAUUGGCCCUCCAGCAGUGUGUGAGAAAACAUUUUCCGCUUCUUUCGUACCUCAGCCAGCGGAAAAUAGCACAUCCAUACCUAGAAGUUUGUAGAAGUUUUAAAUAUUUAUAUCCCCAUACUUGUACUUUAAAAGGAAACUGUUGCUGUAAAUGGCAAGGAGAAGAAAAACAAGAAAGAAAAGGAAUUGCCAAUGGAGGUCGAUCAAGACUCCGCUGACUCUUCAGAAGAUGAAAAACCUAAAAAACAGAAUACUGUGAAUAAGCCAGAUGCAUUGAAAUUGAUGAGCGUGCAAGACAAGUCUUCCUCUAGUGAUUCCGACUCGGAAGAAGAAACACAGGCGAAACCGAAACAAACAGCACAAACCAAGACUCAAACGAAAACCCCUCCCCAGAAGGCAAAAGAAUCGUCAAGCGACAGUAGUGAUUCAUCUGAAGAUGAAAAGAAAGCAAGCAAGGUUCCAACUCCUAAAGAUUCGGGGAAAGUAAAGAAACCAGGGAAAGCAGCAACCCCUGGCAAUGAUGGAAAAAAGACUGCCACACCAAAAGCGGAGAAGCAACCGACAAAAAAAGAAUCGUCUAGUGACGGUGAGUCUUCGUCAGAUGAUGAUGAUGAGAAAGCACCACCUAAACAGCAAUCAAAAACCACCCCAAAAGCAGCUCAAGCCAAAACCACUCCAAAAGCAGCUCAAGCCAAAACCACUCCAAAACAGCAAAAGCAAGCGAAAAAAGAAUCAUCAAGUGAGGACAGCGACUCAUCUGAUGAGGAAGCUCCUGCCGCAAAGAAACCAACCAAGGCAGUUGCAGCAACCAAGGCCCUGACACCUGCGGCUAAAAAGGAAGUGAAGAAGGAUGACUCUUCCAGUGAUGAUUCAUCUGAUGAAGAGGAGCAGAAGACUGCAAAGGAGCCUGCAGGAAAGAAGGAAAAAGCGAAGGCCAAAGCACCCGCAGCAACCAAAGCACCGGCAGCAAAAGGUAAGGAAUCCUCCAGUGACGAUUCAUCUGAUGAAGAGGAACAGAAGACUGUAAAGGAGCCUGCAGGAAAGAAGGAAAAGGCCAAGGCACCCACUGCAAAAGGUAAGUUGAAUUUAAUACAUAUUGCUUAAAGGGAAAUGACAAUAUAAAUUUUUAGUUUCUCAUUUGAAAGAACUUUUGAAACUAUGAAUCAACUUCUUUUACCAAUGUUUCGUAUCUUGCUUAGUUCUUGAAAUAUUUUAACUUGAAGUAAUGAGAUGUCUGCCAUCUUGGAUAAAUUUUUGAUCUCAUUAAUGGUAGCUUUGGUGACGUCAUAACGGGAUUAACCAUUUAAAAGUAUUUGUUGCUAACCAAAUAUUGAUUGGUAGAUGUUUUGAGUGAUCUUUAUAUUUCGAAGGGCAAACAGAGUAUAGUUUUGAGUGCAAAAUAAUUAGUGUUUGUCUAGAUAAAAAAUGUUGCAUGACCCCUGUUGUGACGUGAUAUGCAUAUCUACAAAAAUUGAAGAUGGCGGACAUUUCAUUCCUUUCAAUCAAAAUAUUUGUAGAAGUAAACAAGAUAUGAAAAAAACGGUAAAAGAGUAUUAUAUACCCAAUAUAUACCUUACUAUGGCAGCAUCUUAGUAUAAAUACAACUCUACAGCUCAGUUGGUCAGAGCACUUUAGUAAUGGUACCGGCAAAAAGUAAGUACGCAGAUAGCAAGAUUUCCGCGUACCUACGUGCAUGGUACGUGGCUAAAAAAAUAAGUACCAGACCGUAAUAAUGGCGUACCUCCAGUAUAUAAGUCUGGGUUCGUACGGAACUUGAAAGUCCUUGAAUGUCCUUAAAUGUUUCUUGCGUUAGUUCUUGGAUAUUUUCUGAAAUUGUUUGACAUUCAAAACGAACAUUUUGUUGAAUUGAUUUUGCAUGUUCAUACCUGACAAAGCUGUUUGAAACUCAUUAAAGUUGCGUUUUGAACAAUUCAACGUCAGAUUUUACUGAUUUCUAACCCCUUUUCGUCAGUAUUCAGUCCUUGAAUUUGCUGAUACAUGUCUUUGAAUGUAACUCUUCCUCACAUGUACGAACCAGGGUGAUAAGUACGCGAAUUAUCGCACCGUGAACUUUUAUAAUAUAAAGAUGAAAAUAUUCGGAGUCUCCAUUAAUUUAUACUGUAUAAUUAUAUUUUAUAAAAAUACUUAGUGUUUAUGAUGAUGAUACGUUUCUCCAAUGUUUUAUUGCUUGAACCUGUUUCUCUUCCAUUCCCGUAGAAAAAGCGAAGGAGGAAUCGUCGAGCGACGAUAGUUCAGAUUCUGAAGACGAAGAAAGCAAAGUGCCGAUGAAAGCUGGGAAAACAACAACACCAACGGCCAAAGCGAAACAAGACAGCUCUGAUGAAGACGAUUCUGACGAGGACUCCAGUUCGGAUGAGGAAGAAAAUCAAGAUGGCAGUGAUUCAGACAAAUCUUCAGAAGAUGAAGAAACUAAAAAGAAGCAGAAAGAGAAAGCAAAGAAAAGGAAGACGGCUGAUGAUGAUAACAAUAACAGCUCAGCGAAGAAAGCCAAAACUGAUGACGAAUCUGGAGGUGUGAUUUUAACUUUUCUAGUCAUUAAAUACAUGUUUCUUUUGCUUUUAAAUUAAUAGUGUGUUAAAAGUACUGUUUAGUUUGCUUACCUUAAAAGUUUUGUUUCAGAAAAACACACAGUGUUUGUUGGAAAUAUUGCUUUUGAUGCAACUGAAGACGAGUUGAAGAAUGUUUUUGAAGAAAACGGUCUCACUCCAACUGGUGCGAGGAUAUUAACACGACCCGAUGGCAAUUCAAAGGGGUGAGUGUUAUGUAAUGGCGUAUUUCUUUUAAGAGCGAAAUAUUCUAGAAUAUAUAAUCUAAGAGCGAAAUAAGGACCUUACGAUUUGUAGAGAGUUCCUACAAUAAAUAAUUGCGCUUAGGGUAAUAAGUACAGGAGUACAAAAGUAGAUUACUGAUUAAUUCCAUGGACAAUACUUCCCUAUUUUCGCCCAUAAUAUAGACAAUGGUUUUAGAAUGUGCUUAAUUGACACAAGAAGCAUAAAAUAUCUGUGGCACAGAGUUCAGUGAGCAAUUUACGGCAGAGAGGAGGUCCCUGUUUCAUAAUUUCUUAACAGACAAAAAAGACAAAGGGAACAUUUUUCAGUUUCAUGGUUCUAUAAAAGAAGUUCCAGCACUAUCCGGCAAAAUGUACCGAUAUCCAGAUCUAGCACAUCCCUGUGUGAUUUACUCCUGUUGUUGUGUUUUUACUUACUUGGUAAUCAAUCUUGUUUAAUCCUUGUUGACUUUUAAGUCAAACAAGAACUUAAAAGUUCUUUGUAUGUUUGCAUGGCGAUAAAAUAGAAUAGUUUUGUUUGUGGAAACACCACGUAAAUUUAUUACUGCAAAGCUUUCGAUCCGUAAGCCCGGAUCUUCAUCAGUGCUAAUAAUUAGCCUGCGAACAGGCUCUCAAGUUGGAUUGAGAGCCUGCAUCGAUGACUAAUGAAUUUGAAUAUCUGCCCCGUAACGUUCGUUUUUCCAAAUAUGGAAUGUCUAUCCUUAUAUGGUGUUGUUUACAACUUUCGUGCAAACUAAAUUUAGACCGUGCAAACUAAAUUUAGACCGUGCAAACUAAAUUUAGACCGUACAGUUUAUACUGUUUUUCGAAAUAUAAGAUAUUCAAGCAAAAGUUUAAAUGUUUUAAAUGUUGUUUUCUCAAAACAGAACAUUUAUUUCGUGCUUUGAGAUAAGAUGGCCAAGACCAAUUUGAUCAGUUAAUGUGUUUUUUUAUGCAUAGUGCUUCAGCAGUUGACAUAUAUAGAGCUCAACGGAAACAUAUAAAUUAUAGCAUCUGACCAAUGAGAAUUUCGCGUCACGAUUUGAGACGCAGAUAUUCAAAUUCAUUAGUCAUCGAUGGAGGCUCUCAAUUCAGCUUGAGAGCCUGUUCGCAGGCUAUGCUAAUAAUAUGUUGUUGACUUGUUGUAUACUUUAGCUUUGGUUAUGUGGACUUCGCCUCGCAGGAAGACCACGACAAAGCCCUCAAACUCUCGGGCACGGAAUUCUACGGCCGAGAAUUGAAUAUCAAUAUUGCAAACAAACCGAGUGGAGGUGGAACUCGCGGUGGUGAUAGAGGUAGAGGCAGGGGUGGUGGUCGCGGGGGUGGGCAGCGCACACCUAAUAGGGAACAAAACCCACCGUCAAACACGCUGUUUGUGAAGAAUUUGUCGUUCGGCACCAACGAGGAUACAUUGUACGAGCAUUUUGAUGGUGCUUCCAAGAUCAGGAUUAUGACAGAUCGAGAGAGUGGUGAAUCUCGCGGGUAAGUUGGGCUAUUUCUUCCCAGUGAGCUCCAGGGCUGCAAAUUACUGUCGGACAUGGGACAAUGUCCGACUAAAUUUGGCAAAUGUCCGAGUAAAAGUAAUUUUGAUCGGACAUUGGUCCGAUCACAAAAAAAAAUUGUCACAUUAUACAUUUUUUUGCUGUGACAAAAUCCGAUUGCAAAUUCACUCAAUUUGCAUUUUGCAAUAAAAUGUACGAGGCAUUCUAGCAUUUUACUUAACGUUGCGCCGGAAUGGCUAUACAUACUUGUCUCGUGACUUAUAUAUAUCUUGUGACGUAUAUAUGUCCGACCAAAUUUAGUGGUGUUGGUUUUGUCCGACCAAAUUCAAGUUAUGUCCGACCAAAAUUAAAAGUGAUCGGACAACUGUCCUGUCAAGUCAAAUAUUUAUUUGCAGCCCUGAGCUCCAUACAUACUGGAGCGAGAACUCUGGUGGAAAAAAGUAAAACCAAGAUGGCGGACAUCGACAAUCCCUUUUCUAUUGUUUUUGUCUGCGUGGUUGACACGAAGCUGCGAGGAGUGCGCGGAAAUUUCCGUGUUUUGACUUCGGUUUAAAGCAUAACUAUGUGAUAGUUUUAUGAACUGAUAACUUGAUUAGCUAUACGAUUCGUUAGAAAGAACUAGAAUUACAUGUAGCUAGGGGAAAUGAUAUGAAACUGUUUGCGACAUUCAUAGCUUUUGGACGUCAAUUUUCGCCCGAAUGAUUGAAAUUCUUAAACCAUAUAGAGCUCACUGUUGUUUCCUUGCGCAACUUUUUCUAUGUAUCACGUACUGAAGAUUUAGUAAAGCUAUAGACCCAUAUAUAGCGUCGGUGAUGAUGCAUCUAGAGGACAAAUAUGUAUCCAUAAUAUAACUUUUGUAAACAAAGCAAAUUUUGUAAAACUUAAAAAUAAUUUUGUAUUACAAUGGUUAGUUUUUGCGCUGUAUGUGGUUGUUGUACCCGAACAGAUGUUAUUAGGGAGCAUCUGGAGGACUCUUUAAGGAUUUGUGACCUCAUUGCAAUGGGUCUAUAGUGACAGCUAUUGACUGUAAAGUAGUACCGAUGUAUAAAACAGAAACACACAUUGCUUUUCCUGAUAAAUUCCUGUUUACUUUAGUUUUGGCUACAUUGAAUAUGACGAGACAGAUACGGCGAAGGAUGCGAAGAAGAAACUGGAUGGAAAAGAAGUAGAUGGUCGAAGAUUGUUCCUUGAUUUCGCCAAACCACGUGACUCACCUGGUGGUGGCGGCGGCGGCUUUGGGGGACGUGGCAGAGGUGGACGAGGAGGUAAGGGGUGAACGCAGGGAUGGAUUUACUGGGGGGUGCGGGGGUGCACACACCCCCCCCCUAGCCCUGGCCAGGAGGGGUGCAGGGGGGUGCUAUUUUUCAUGAUAAAGCAAAAAAUUAUCAGAGACAAAAUGAGAUUCAGUAAUUUGAGUAAUAACAUGAUGAUAAGCGAACUGUGAACAACAAUUACAAUUCAAAUACUGUAGCUAUGCGCAUUUGAUCAUAUACUAUAACAUGUUAAUUUGCGCAAUAUAAAUAUUAAAUAUUAUUAAAUAUUGCUAGACUUCGCAGUGGUUAAGCAAGUUGAUGGAUGUGUAAAGUCACUGGAAAGCAAUUGCAACGUACUCGUCCUGAAAAAAAUUUUCCCUAAAAAGUUGUCGAUGGGGGAGGUUGUGGCUUUCCGAAAUUUUUUUUGGCGGAGCACCCCCCCCCCCCUUCCCUACCAGACCAUGCUGGAUCCAUCCCUGGGUGAACGUCUAUUUCUGGCAUUAAAAGUUGCCUCGAUAUUUUUACUCGAGAGACCGUAAGCGCGUGUAUGUGUAUCAGAGGUGUCUGACGGGCAAGUAAACGUUUUAUCUUGCUUGUCCGAUUGGGUAAGUUGCUUUGCCACAAGAAGCUGGGCAUCUUUGUAAGUUUAUGUUUUCAUUGUCGGAUAUAAAUUUUUAUAGUGCAUGUACUUGAUUCAAAUUUUGUUUUUUUGUGGGCCAAAGCUAGAUCUGAUGCAGUAUAACAUGGCCAUAUAGAGCAGUGGGAGAACGGGUCGACAUGUUGUCCCCUUAAUUUAUACCCCCUACCUAGGUACCCCAGUGGCCAUUGUCUGAUGGCAAGUGAAUUUUAUUCAGGGCAACUAAUUUCCAUGUCCAACUAAAGUAAAGUUACACCACUGUAUAUAUGUGUGUUUAGUACUUGUUUGGAAUUUGUUAAACUUAACUAAAAGGGCGAAAUUGUGUUUGGUUUUGAUUAUUAGGUGGUCGUGGUUUCCGUGGAGGUCGAGGUGGAGGUGGUUUUCGUGGUGGAUUCAAUAAAUCACCCGGGGCAGCCAAGAACAAAGGAUCCAUCCAGGAAUACCAAGGAAAGAAAACCACAUUUGACGAUGAAUAACAUGGUCAUGUCACUGUAUUUUAUCACGUAUACCAAGCACAAUGAUAUGAAGUUAUUGUGUAUUUUAGAACGCAUGGUUUGGUGAUAAGCGACAUUAUAUUGCCAAAUCAAGGCUCAUUUGCAUACGACCUAAAACUAGUUGAAGCGGUGUCGCACGGGACGAUCUUUAGUAAUGACACACAUUGCAACAUUGAUUUUAGUACUUGUUAUAUUUUAAACAACGAAACGUUCAGAGUAUACUGUGGUAAACCAAGCCUAAAUUUUAGCAGUGGGGUUUCAUUAUCAUUCAGCAAUGUGGAUUAUCUCUAAAAAUUGUCCCGUGUACCAUUAAUAGACCUUUCUCAUAAUGGCGUUAAACGCGGAAAAACACUAAAUACGAUGUCCCAAGGGACAAUUUUAGCGGCAAUUCGCAAUGCAAAUGAUGUUUUAAUGAAAUUUGUUGGCUCGCCAACGACUUGCAUUGUCCUAUGCUUUUCCGCGUUUGACAUCACUAUAACAAAGUUCUAUUGCUGUGACGCGCGCGUGGAGAUUGUAGCUGAUAUUCCGCGCACACUUCACGCGACUGCGUAGCAAUACACCCUUUCGAUAAUUACGUCAUUUGGCCUGGGAGCCUCACUCUCAUGAAUCGUGAGCCAAUCUCCUUGCGUAAUUUACUAAUGAGAGCGAGGCUCCAAGACCACAAAGUAUGUGUGACGUAAUUAUCGAAAGGGUGUAUUCAAAGGGCCCGUGUACGAGGUUGUAUUUUCACUAUUUAAAGUAGUCGUAUUGUUAAUCGGUUGAUAUGGUCUUGAGUUUUGGAAGAAUUGCAUUCAGUCCAGGUAUAGCAUGCAGAAUGAUAAUUUGCCCAUCUUCUAUCACUAGGCCUUGUUGCACGUGGCAAUUUUUACUGCAACUUCAGUGCCAUGCAAUUUCUGAGCAUGGCCUACCAUAUAUUCUGCCGACAUUUUUAAUCCUAUCCCACACUUUAAGAGCAGCCUAGACCUAGGACCUAUUUAUAAGAAAGCUACACUAAACUUGAAUAUACUGCAAAACAAGUGCGCCCAGGUCUAGGCUGCCUUAAGAGUAUGUACAAGUAUAGUCUCGGCAGAGAAUGUAGACCAUGCUCACAUUUUUGUGUGACUACUUUUAGAUGACAUGGGCAUGGCUCUAAAAGAAAUUGGAUUGAAAGUUGCAGAAAAAAUUGCCGCGUGUAACAUGGCGCCUUGUUAGUUGACUAUAAACUCUUCAUUACGUGAAAACAUUUCACCAAAGUAUAGUUUUGCUCAGUGCCGUGGGGACUUUUAGAAAUCAAAGAGGCUUUUGAAAGCUUUUAAGAUAUAAGGUUAUAUUAAAUUAUCUAACUAAGUAUAACUUAUAUAUAUAUAAACAUUUGAAGUGUGGAGCAUCGGAUUUCAAGAAUAGCUCGUGUAUGUUACUUUUACCCUUGAGAAAUAAAUCUUAAUGAACCGUGUAAGAAGUGGUUUUGCUCGGC